ACUUCCUCUUCAGUUCCCUGAUGUAACGUGGUGGCAUCCUGCAGAUUCCCUCUCGUGUGUCCCGUUCCGUGCGAGGCCCUGACGGCAGGACGGGGAGCGGGCUCCGUGUUUCGGCGCCGCAGCACGGCUCGGAGCGGGGCUCUCGCUCAGCCCCGUGACGUGACGCGAGUCUUUGCACCGCAGCCUAGAGCAGCUUCGGCGCAGGGUUUUUCCCUUGACACAGAGUGUUCUGAAGAUGCCAGAGCUUUGAGCCGCCUGGAUGUUCACCUUUUAGCUGCUGGGACUUUGCCACUGCCUGCUGCCUUUCUGAAGCCUUGAUUUACUGAGGGGUCAAAAUUGGCUCCUAUGGAAUCAAGAGCACUACGGAAAAUAUGUGUCCAAGAUGACUCCACCAGAGRAUUUUUCACUUCAUAGAAGUCAUCUUUUUGUUUAAUAUGUAACAGAAUUUGACAAAAUCAAUUUCAGUUUCUUAUCCCGAAAUAAAGGUACAUCUGAAGCCUUCAUCAGAAAUGUUCUUAACGUUUUCAAGAAAAAGCGCGUCCCAGAAACUGAGUUUAUUUCUGCUGGUCUUUGGAAUCAUUUGGGGCUUGAUGCUGCUGCGCUACACUUUCCAGUACCCCAGGCGCCAAAGCAGCAGUGAGCUGCGUGAACAGAUACUAGACCUGAGUAAAAGAUAUGUCAAAGCACUCGCAGAAGAAAAUAAGAAAAUAAUGAAUGGUGGCAGUGGAGCUUCCAUGGCAGGAUAUGCUGACCUGAAGAGGACCAUUGCUGUCCUCCUGGACGACAUCUUGCAGCGCCUGGUGAAGCUGGAGAGCAAAGUGGAUUACAUGGUGGUGAACGGCUCGGCAGCCAACGCCACCAACGGAACGGGCCACGCCCUGGCGGCGGCCUCGGGCCGGCGCGCCGGCGCCGCGGGCGGCGUUAGGUAGCGGGCAGGCCGUGCCCGGCCGGGCCAGCUCCUGCCCCAGGCGAGCUCCGUGCUGCUCCUGGGGCAGCGCAAUAGUUGACUCCAAAAUAGGCCCUUUUGGAGAUCAACUCCAAGCAGUUGACUCCAAAAGAUGCGUACACUGUUCUGCUCUAGACUGUGCUGGAUAUCUGUAGGCUUAACUUAUGUGCAUAGGGUUCCCCGAGCAUUACUUCCUUGCCUCUGCACAGUUCUGCUCAAGUCAUCUAAGUUGUCUCUAAAGAUAUUUUGGUAUCAUGAUUCGGUGUAGUAUGCCGUGGGAUGCUAACCGUAAAUGGAAAGCAGUGGAAAAUGAUUCUAAAUAUAUUUAUUUAACUAUAAAUAGAACAUAUCUUUUGGAUAGAUGGGCAGUAUUGUAGCUUAUUCUUUUUGUGAUCUGCUUUAAACAGAGAUAAGUAAGGAAAUAUAUUAUUGCUAUUAGAAAAUGUUAAAAAUACUUAGAGUAUUUUGUUACUCAUUUAUUUACUAAAAUGGUGUUAAAUUGAAGAUAACAGCGGAAGUAAUAUUUUAAAAUCGUGACCCAAAGAAUGUCUUUAUUUGCACUAUCUGUCUGAAUAGAGAGAAUUUACUGUAUAUUUAAGAAAGUCAAUUAUACUAGGGAAAAGUCUUAGGUAGUAACACUGUCCAGGUAUAUCCUUGGUCCAGAAUUAGGGCAGUUAGGUUAUCAAAGGUAAAACAUAAUCUGUGAUCUCUUCUGUGAUUUUCUUACGAAGAUAUUUAAGUGUAUGUAUUUUGUAAUUGCAGAUAAAAGUUAUUUAAGUGACAAAACCAUUUUUGAGUAUGUGAAUACUGUUUAUUUUUGUUCAUUGCUUUUCUUUGUAACUUUUUAGUACUUUGCAAUUAGUGAUGAAGAUAGCACAGCAUCUCCCUGAAGUGUAUUUGUUUUGAUCAGAAGGGAGAACAGUGAAUUACAAUGAAGGAAGCGGGAGUGUCUCUGGAUGAAACGGGCACCUGCGCUAAAGGUAUCUUAUGGAAUCAUGGAAUAUUUGAGAGCUAAGGUUGUAUUUGCCUUAUAUCUAAGCUAGCCUUAUAGCAAAAAGAGUUGCAGAGAGUAUGCACUGUGUUUCAAAAUGUUACUCGAGUCAUGUGAAAGUGUCAGUGAGAUUCUUUUUUUUUUUAAGUGUACUGAAUCAUUGGGGAGGAAGGAGGGCAUGUUCCAGCACUUUUGCCAAAAAUAUGCUGGUGUUCAGAUAUUUUCUGUGAGUUAUAUUUGGAGUGUCCUAAUCCUAUACUAAGGAAAAAAUAAUCAAUAAAACCAGAGGUGCUGGAUGAAAUAUCCAAAGUUUGUGGGGUUUCUUUUUUCUUUGCUUAUGUUGUGCUCUAAAGGACACUUGCAGUGUCCAACUGAUUUUUUUUUUCUGUCAUACUGUGUGUAAACAUGUCCUACUUUGCAGAAAAAUAAAUUUUUAAUUGGA